AUGAGCUCUGCAGAGCUGCCACUGGCCAAGUACGCGUCCAAUGUGGUCUUUCUCAGCUUCUUACUGGGUAGCACGACCCUGUUCCUUCCUCGAACCUCGGUAUCCACUGGAAUGGUUCAGAGAUCCUCUGCGGACAGACCUGAACACCCGUUCCUCAUGCCGUUGACCCUGGACCCACUACGGACGAUGUUGUGGCAGACAGGGGGUACCAUGGUGGUGAUGGCUUGGUGGGGAACCCGAUUGAGAGCCUGGUGGUUUCCUAGAGCGAAGAAGGACGGAGUGAGAGAGAAGGGGGAAACGAUGGGUCAGGUCACGGUGCGAAUGGGUAGAAGUCUCGUCAUGACCAUCCUCGUCUCACUCUUGAUAAUGCCUCUUCUCAUGGCUCUCGGUGCGCCACUAGACGAGUGA